CACGGGGGCGCGUCUACAUUCCACAUUUCCUAAAGCGGGAGCGACGUUUGAAACAACAUCGCUGGGCUGACAGAAUCGUGAUGUUUCCGUCGCCCCGUACCCCGGCCGUGGUUACGGCGCGUCGCCCUCUCAACCCCCGUGCACCCAGCGUUAGGAAGAGCCUGGGACCCGGUGCAGUCGCCACUCCGUCGCCCUCGGGGCUCUUCAGUCCCGCGAGUCGCCGAGUCUCGUGCAGCGGCCCCCGAGCGACUCCUUCAAGAGUUCUCCUUCAUUCAGCUGCAAGUGACACCGUGAACUACAAUGUUCAACUCUUUGGGUCCUCCCUCCCUGUAAAAGUUAUGGAGCCCUUGACAAGUGCUGAUCCUGACAAACCUCUGUCUGCAAAGAUCCAUGAGGGCGGAUGGGCAUGGCUUGUCUGCAGAGAUCGCCUUAUAAUCUGGAAGAUUAGUCAGACUUCAUCAACCAAGCUGAUGGUGUGUAAAGAGCUGCAGCUCCCACCUAGUGCCUUCCCAUACUCUGCUGAUUUGGUAGACAUCUCUAUCUACCCAGUGGAUGGUGCACCUUCACAUUGCGUGGCAGUAAUGGCCGCUACCAGCGAAGGCUCCAUCCGCUACUGGCCGAAUCUUAUGCAUGAAGCUUCUUACGUGGAAACACACACAGACUUCGGAGGUGCUCUUUGUGCAUUUUUUACAGCUGUUAAGGCUGGCAGUUUUAUCCUGUCCUCCUCAAAGAAUCAGCUGGUACGGCUCAUUCCAGAAACAUCUGGAAAGAUCCAUCAGCGGGUCCUGCAGCAGGGUCAAGGAAUGUUGUCUGGCAUUGGUCGCAGAGUUUCCUCUCUCUUUGGUAUAUUGUCCCCCACUGUGGAGUCUACUCUAUGUAGUGUCUUCUGGGACAAAGGCGAUUGCUUCUACACCCUCACUGAUUCCAACAUUAACAAAUGGGAGAUGGAUGAUGCCUCAGAGUAUCAUGUUCUAAGCUGGGACAUGAGUAGAAUACUCAGAGAACAUAUAACUGAUGCUAUUUGGGGCUCAGAAAGCAACUAUGAAGCUAUUCGAGGUGGAGUCAAUAUUGAAUAUUUGGAUCUUAAUCAAAAUUGUGAUGGUUUAGUCAUCUUGGCUGUUGCCUGGCACCAUGGAGACAGUCCCUGUCUGGGUUAUUACACUCUCAUAACAGUGAAUGAUGAGGGUUACAACAUAUCUGAUGAGGUCAUUGUAGAAGUAACUCAGUUUAACCCUCUGUUUCAGUCUGAAAACACACUCCUCUGCCAACUUGUCAUUCCGAAUGUCAACAGCCAAGCCACUUGCCUUUACACAAAGGACGCUAUCUUUGCCUGCUCAACAGGGACUGGAAGAGGCUCUUUGCCCCAGGAAAAAAUUCCAUUUGAAACGCAAGGAGAUUACAUUUUAGGAGCAGGGUCGUGUUCAGGCUUGCCAGUAUUUUUUGCUAAAAAGAGUGGUUUGCUAGCUGUUUCUCCCCGCGAGUGUGUGUCCGUGCUGCCGGAAGACCUGGAAGAAUCAAUUUCAUCAUCUUUAGUUAAACCCAACAAUCAGGCCUCUUUCAUGGACACUUCAUUGAGAACAGAGACCAUUGCACAUGAUGAUAAAACUAAAUUGCUAAAAGCAGCCUUCUUGCAGUAUUGCAGGAAGGACCUACUGGGUGCUCAGAGUAUGGUUGACAGCCUCUUUCCAUCAGAUGAUGAACUGGAACCUGAUAAUGAAUUGGAUGAGGCAGUUGCUCAGAUUAGUGUGGACUUGAUAGAUGAUUAUCCUGCAUCUGACCCUCGGUGGGCUGAGUCAGUACCAGAAGAGGCAGGUGGCUUCAGUAAUACUUCCCUCAUCCUUUUGCAUCAGCUAGAAGACAAGAUGAAGGCACACUCAUUCUUUCUGGAUUUUCUUCACGAGGUUGGGCUGUUCAGUCGUUUAAGCGUCUCUCAAGUGAGAGGAAUUCCUAUGGCAACAAGGUUGCUUCUGUGUGAACAUGCCGAGAAACUGUCGGCUGCCAUUGUUCUGAAGAACCACCAUACCAAAGUCCCUGCGCUGGUCAACUCCACCAUACAGCUGGCAUUGAACAAAAGGAUGUGCUCCAUUCCUCCAAACCUCACUGCUGCAGAUGUAUACUUUAGAGAGGUGUCACAGAUGGAUAUAAUCUUUGAAUGCUUCAUAGACAAAGAAGAAGCAGACUUGGAAAACACAUCUAUCGACUCUGUUGAAUGGGCACAUAUUGUUGUCAAUAUAAAUGCAAUAAUGAAGGAUAUGCUGCAUGCCGCUUGUCAGUAUAGACAAAGUAAAAGUUCCCUCUAUAAGAGUGAAGGGCAAGAAAAAGAACCUGAGCAAAUUCCGUGGACUGCUUCUAGUGGGCCUGCUGGUAUCCGCACUGUGAUUGCUCGUCAACACGCGAUAAUCCUGAAGAAAGUCUAUCCGCAGGCAGACAACAAUCUUCGCAAUACCCUCAUUGAGCAGCUGGUCGGUCUGCUGAAUUAUUAUCUCGAUGACUAUGUCAUACAGCUGAAAUCUGUGGAUAGACCAACAGACCAAGAGCGAUACAGCCUUCUGGAAAUGGAAUAUACGCAAAAGAGAUCAGAACUUCUGUCUCCUUUGUUAACUCUGGGACAAUAUGCAUGGGCUUCUAGCCUUGCUGAGAAGUUCUGCGACUUUGAUAUCCUGGUGCAAAUAUGUGAACUGACUGAUAACCAGACCAGAUUACAGCGAUACAUGACUCAGUUCUCAGAUCAGAACUUUUCAGAUUUCCUGUUUCGGUGGUAUUUGGAAAAAGGAAAACGUGGAAAGCUUCUGUCUCAGCCGGUUUCCCAGCACGGACAGUUGGCUGCGUUCCUGCAAGCUCACGAUCAUCUUAGCUGGCUGCAUGAGAUCAAUAGCCAAGAUUUUGGAAAGGCUCACAGGACACUGCAGACUCUGGCCAAUAUGGAAACACGAUAUUUCUGUAAGAAAAAAACCCUGCUGGGACUGAGCAAAUUGGCUGCUUUAGCUGCUGAUUUCCGGGAAGACGUUUUAAAUGAAAAGAUAGAAGAAAUAUCGCAGGAGGAACAUUUUCUGCUCCAUCAAGAUACACUGCCCAAGCAGCUUUUGGAGGAAAAGCAGUUGGAUUUAAAUAUGAUGCCAGUGCUGUCUCCUGUGGAGCUCAUAAAACUAUACAUAAGUGAAGAAAACCGAAGGGCAAAUGAAUAUGACUUCAAGAAAGCUCUUGACCUUCUAGACUAUAUUAAUGAGGACGAGGAUGUUGACAAGGAAGAUCUGAAGCUGGAAAUAUUGUGCAAAGCAAUAAAGAGAGACGUAUGGUCGGCUUCUGAUGGGAGGGAUGACCCAAUAGAAGGAACCAAAGAAACCAUAUUUGUGAAAGUGCUUCAGAAGAUGCUUAAUGAAGGCACUGAACUUGCAAGCUACUUACCAGAUGUGGAGACCCUGCUUCAGUCAGAUGAGCUUAGCAGCUUGAGGUCCAAUUCAUACUUUCAAUUUGUUCUGAAAGCAAACUAUGAGUACUACAUGAAAGAACACCCUUGACCCCUUAACAUGUUAACAACAUACAUUCUCUUUUUCAUUGCUGUUUAAUAAUAAAAAAGUAUUUAAAUGUU